UUUUAGAUAUAAUAGUAUUUAAGAGAUUAACAACAUCAUUUCACAAAUUUUCAAGAUGUGGUUAACAACAAUUUUGUAUAUAUUUAUAUUUAAUAUGUGUUUUCAGAAAGUUCUUACACAACUAAGUACGUCUUCAAAUACAGGCCUAAAUAAUCCUAUAAUAUCAGCAGCAUUACAAAACAAUGGAUUGACAAUACCGAAAAAUUUAAACCAAAUACCCAAAUCACAAAAAUAUUUAAACCUCCAACAGAUUAAUAAAAUGCAACAACCAGUGAAUUUACAACAACUGAACUUACAACAAGCAUCAAACUUGCAAAUGGAAAAUUUACAGCAGGGAGCGAAUUUGCAACGAGCCACAAAUUUACAACAAAUGAAUUUUCAACAAUCCGGUUUACAACCAAAUUUACUGCAACAACAAAAUUUAUCACCCGUAUUAAAUAAUAUCGCAAGUCAACGGCCUGAUUUUUCCCUAGCUUCUUCGCUUAUCUCCAAUUCUAAUUUAGCAAAAAUAAAUAAUCCACCAAUGAAUAAACCUGUCAUAAAUGGAAAUUCUAUUCAAGGAUUUCAGUCUCGUUUCAAUCCAGGAUUACGUAACGUUGCUCCUGCCACAUCUAAUUUUAAUUUACAACCAACUGUACAAACGUCAUAUACAGGUUUUAUCCCAAACGGACAAAAUGCAUUCCUUAAUAUGCCUCAAGUAAAUCAAGCAACGCCAGAUCAGCUUUCGUCCAUUUCAGAGACACCUGUUAUCAAUCAACCAAGUCUAACCUUAGUAGCACAACCUGCUCCAGAUCAGCAGUCUUUAAAUAUAAUACAGAAUGUCCCGAUGGAUUAUCAAAAUCAAAUUUCAAUAAUAAAGUCUGUACAACCUCAAGCAUCCCUCGAAGGAAUACAAAACCAAUUACCAUCACUCAAUAUGAAUCAAAUACCAGUACUCUCGCCUAAUCUUCCACAAUCUCCAGAUUAUCCAUUAUUUCCUCCAGACUAUUCUAUCGAUUCGUUAUUAAAUACAAUGUUAUCGAAAAAAGAUUCAAAAUCGUCAACUUUGAAGAUGUUAUUGCCUCUUAUAUUUAAUUUAUUGAAAGAGAAAAACACUGGUUGCCGGUGUCAAUGUUGCGGAUGCAUGAAGGAUAACAUGCUAGUACCCCAAAUAUUUAGUGAAUACGCGAAACAAAACAACUAUGGAUUGCGAUACGACGAAAAGGAUGAUAUCGAAACGUAUAGGCCAAGAAAUAAUAAAAGAAAACAUAAAAAAUAUAACAAAGAAGACACAGAUAGCAGAGAAUAUGAUGAUGAUUACAACGAUUCCUAUGAAGAUGAAGAAGAUUAGAUUUGUAUAAUUUUUAUAGUUUUAAAUUAAAUAUAGGCAAAUUAUGAACUGUGAUGAAAAUUUAUUUAAUGUAAGUAGGUUAUAUGCGAUGUACGUUUAUAUUAAAAGAAAAAUGUGUUAUGUU